CAGAGGGAAAGCGGAUUACGGCAAUCGCUGAGCUGCUGUUGGCAGUGUGAGAGCCACGCGAGUGUGCUUGGCAGAUCAGGUGAUGUGAUCGUCAUGACGGAAAGAGAGGAGCGGCGACGUCACAAAGACAUGGACGGGGACCGAGACAAAGACUGUGACAGGGAUAGGUAAGCAAGCCAUGCACACACAUACGAGCAUGAUGAUGCACACACCCGAUGCAUGAAUCUUCUCUGAUGCAAGAUCUCUACACUCUGAUCCACUUCCUAGGGCGGAGCGAAGGCGUGAGCGUGGCCGUGGUCGUGAGCGUGACGAUGACAGGGACCGGGAGGACCAACACAGGGACCGGGAUAGGGACAGGGACAAGCGCAAGUGAGCCAAUUGCUAGCUGUACCACUCUCGGUGGUUGGAUCACCAGCAUGUGCGUGAUGCUUUCUGCUGUCUGCAGGAGCCGUGACCAAGACCGGAACCGGUCAUAUGACUAUGAGGACGACAGGGACAGAGAUCGGGAUAGAGAUAGGCGCAAGUAAGGAGAACGACAUGAACGCUUGCUGUGCUGUAUGACCUCUUGUGCGCAUGUACGUGGAGGAGGAGCCGUGACCUGCGGAAGCGCAGCCGCAGUCGGGACCGGGAUAGGGACAGGGACAGGGAUCGGGAUAACGAGAGGCGAAGCGACGGAGCCGGGUACACACAUACGCGCUAAGGCAGCCCAGCCUGAGGAUGGCGAGACAUAUAUGCCACUCUGUCUCUGUGUGCGUGAACAUCAUUGGCAUCAUUCAGAUGGCCGCCCGGUGAGUGCCGCACAGUGCCGAAUAGCACCUCACGCACUGGCGAGGACGGCAAGAGGGAUCCAGAAGAGUAUGAGGCGUUGCUCGUUCGACUGCAGGAGCGGGUGAGGGCAUGUCUGUUGCUCCAGGAACACACCUGGACCACACUGUCAGUCAGUGGUUGUGUGCCUCGCCAAUCCAUUGCAUGUGUAGGGUCUAGCCCCCUCUCACGCCAUGGUGAAGCAGCUAGGCCUUUCGGGAUGGGUGCAAGCCGGGAAGCCACUUCCAGGUAGGCGUGUACCAAUGCAAGGAACCUCCCGCUGUCUGUGAUCAUCUUCUCUGCGUAUGUAUGCACUCAUGUUUAUGUGUGUUUCUGUCGAAAGAGAUGCUCCUUCCUACAGAGUCGGCUUAUUCAUCAUCAAGAGAACUCGCCGAGACAAGUACGCAAACACACACACACACAGAGCAAGACGAAGAGGGACGCAGAUGGCAAAGCAGAUAGCUACACGUGUGUGUCCGUGUUGCGUGUUCGCAGAGCGUGUUGUCAAACUCACACGCGAUCACCUCUACCGGCCCGCACAAGUGCCGCUCCGACCGUUAGAGAGCGGCGAAAGCCCCGACUUCAUCGGUCGUCGCUUCGUCGACACAGCAUACGGCCUACUGCGUCCACAGUACCAGCAGCCACACGACACCUCAAACGAUCGCGUCAUGCCGAUGCUAUUCACAAGAUUCUCACGUGGGGGCAAGGUAAGUCAGACAGAAGAAGAUCAGUUGGCUCAGGAGAGUGGCAGGAUUCAAUGAUGACGCAAGGCUGCGCGUGGAUUCCAACAGACAAGGACGCUCAAGGAGUUGGCUAAGAAGCUGCGCGAGGAGGGCAUCGGCGCCAUUCAGGUCUCCUUCUGCGAUCAAACCGCCUACACAGGAGCGGAGAAGACACUCUUAGCGUCUCUGAAGGAUUCUGUCUUCAUUCGUUUGGCGUGGGAGGCCAGGACACCGAAAGCGACAGCGGAAGUGGCAGCUGCGGCAGGGGUGGCUGUGGACGAGCUAUGCUUCGAUAAGUGGAUCGUGCAUGCGUCCAUCGACCAGCUGACAAUCAGGGACUGGCUGGGGGACGAGGGGGCUGUGCUGCUCAUGGAUGAGCUCAACAACUUCGUCAAGUUUACGGAAGAGCGCAGGGAAGGUGAAAGCGAAGUGGGUCGGUGGCUCAAGGAAGACUUUCUUCUUCGGCGCAAUAGAUACUUCGCCUUUAGCAGCCACGUCAAUCGACCCUUCGCUGACCUCAGCAGGUUCCUUCAGUCUCCCAGCCGUCGCAGAGUCCUCUGCCCCUCACUGCCCCGCAUCGAAAAGGAAGACCUGGAGCUCGUGAGCGAGCGCCUCGGCCUUUACGGUGCCAACACGGCACAAAUAUGCUGGGCAGGUCGGAGCCCAGCGCUUCUGUGGGAAUGGUCCAGAAGGAAGCUGCUACCAAGGUAUCUGACUGAUAAGCUCCCGAGGCUUCUUGUGGACCGUCCGACAGAUGCUGUUCGCAUCCUACGGUCCGUCAUCGACACAGCCGUGAGGUACGCAUAGGUGCACCGGCAGGAGGAACGCACAUGAGCUGGAUGUCACUGUAUGUGACUGUAUACUAUUUUUCUGCCUGUCACUGUCUCCUCUUCCAGUGGGAGUGGGCCACUGUAUGGCCUCCGAGAGUGGGAGAUGUUGCUGGAUGUCUUCGACGAGGAGGGUUCGGGAACUACUCAGUUCGUCUGGCCCCCUUGCUAUCUCUAUCAUGCUCUCACCAAGCUGGCCGAAUAUGACAAGGAACUGGGCUUACUGGUCACUUCCUUGCUUAGUGCCGCCGCCGCCAACUUGUGGAAGCUCAACUCGGCCAAAGGCGAGUCGGGAGACCAGCGGGAAGGGCCGUGUGCGGCAGCUCUCUGUCUUCGCUUGAUCCAGAGCCACCUGCGGAAAAACAACCCCCGAGCAGUAGCCCGCAUCGCCGCUCUUCCAAAAGAGCUUCACAACACCCUUCCCCCUGCCGUCAUCCACAGUGCAUGCAGUAUCGGACCCUGGAUCAGGAGCCCCGACUGGAAGACCCUCAAAGACGUCGUCGAGUCGUUCGUCAAGCCAGGCGGACAUCUCUCGCAGGCGAUAAGGGUUUAUCCGGAGCUGGCCGAGGGCUGUGCCGCCUUCUUCAUCAAGCCCGCCGACGAGCACUUUGAAACGUACGACCUGUUCAUCUUCGUGACGAAGAACGGCAAGGUCACAGAGGUGUGGGGCUACCAGUGCAAACGGGCAGACAAACUACCAGAGGAGGACACUGUGACGAUAGCUGCUGACCUCUCUGGCGAUGUCAGCCAUCCUCUGCCUGUCGAGCCGGCCCUCUUGACGAAGUAUCCCGAGCUGUCGCCAGUGAAGAUGGUAUCAGUGUGGGUGCGGGGCGGGGUGGGGCCACAGGCGAAGGCCAGCGUGGAGCAAGUCAAAAGGAUGCCUAUCAAGUGGGUCAUUCCAUCUCGGGCUGACUACAAGCUGUUGUUCGGCAAGUCGUUGGCCGUGACAUGUCCGUUUGAGUUUCGACAGAUCGCUGACCUUCUCUGACUCGCACAUACGUGAUUCGUGCAUACCCCCUCUUUCAUCUCUGUCAUCUCUGUUGGCCAGCACGUAUAGACGUAGGAGGUCGAACAGACAGGCAGUGAGUGCGUGAGUGCAUGGGGCUGUAUACUUCUAGUUUCUCAGCCGUGACGGAGGACCCAAUGAGUUCCAGAAAGGAAGGGCGACAUAUUUGAGGGGCAAUGUGAGCGAGAUGUCGCACACGGAAUGGGAUAACACGAUGAAGGAAAGAAAUGGUCUGUUUCCCGACAUUAUUUGUGGGAUAUACGAUACUUCUUCCAAAUCACAUUGAUAAGAGACACAGCGCUAAAAGGC